AUGGAAGAAUUUGGAUUCGGAGAAGUGUUGAAUUUUAAGCAUACAUUUUCCUACGAUGAAUUUGUCAAUUGGUGUUUUAGGGCCCACAUUCGAACAGUAAUGGUCACUGGUGACAACCUUCUCACAGCGCAAAGUGUGGCGCGUGAAUGUGGCAUCAUUCGACCAAAUAAGCUGGCAUAUCUGGUUGAGCAUCGCAAUGAUCUUGUUGACCCGAAAGGUCGUCCAUUACUCACGUUAAGGCAGUUGUCCAUCUCUGGACCGACGUUCGCAGUCAUCACGCAUGAAUAUCCAGAAUUGCUCGAGCAACUAGUGUCCGUAUGUGAUGUGUUUGCUAGAAUGGCUCCUGAUCAAAAGCAACAACUCAUAAAUCAUCUUCAAUCAAUUGACUAUACUGUCGCAAUGUGUGGUGAUGGCGCCAAUGACUGUGCAGCUCUGAAAGCCGCUCACGCUGGCAUCUCACUCUCCGACGCGGAAGCUUCCAUAGCCGCUCCUUUCACUUCCAGGAUCCCCGACAUCCGUUGUGUUCCCACAGUCAUCCGAGAGGGUCGAGCAGCUCUAGUAACAUCUUUUGGAGUUUUUAAAUAUAUGGCUGGAUAUUCGCUCACUCAGUUUUCCUCGAUCAUGCUGUUGUACUGGAUAUCCACCAACUUGACGGAUUUUCAGUUCCUAUAUAUCGAUAUGUUCCUCAUCACUCUGGUGGCUGUAUUCUUUGGAAAUACUCCAGCCAGGUACUGCACUAUUCUGCACGACUACUUUUCAAUACAUCACCUUGGCGCUGAUCAACAGCAAGGGCGAACCGUACAGGAAACCCAUUUUCUUCAAUAUGCCGUUAUGUGUCACUUUAGUGGUUGUGACUUUGUUAUUCAUAUUCAUAUGGGUGACAUGGCAGCCGUGUUGGAGAUGAGAGCGAGGAUAAACGAAGCAUGCAGGUGGCUGAGACAUCGUCGCAUUCGAGAUCCUCAAGCAAAUCAUGAAAAAUUCGAAAGGCUUCUAUUUGACAAUGGACAGGAGCCAACAUGGCUUCGUGCUUACACAAAACCACAACAAGCCGAAAAUGGGAAGGGCAAUGGCAAAACCAUCAAGGACCAGACGACACGAGUUUAG